UGUUCGAUAAUAAUAACUGCCGCCGUCAUGUGGUUAGAGUCUGUCGUUGCACGCGAUCGUUGGAUAUGGUACAUUAUUAUCGUCAGUUAGAGUCAGGCCGCGGUGACAGGCAGCUGGCUGUCUCGCUCAAAUUAGAACCGGUCGCGCUGGGUCAAGUACACAGCGGUUCCUCACCCCGACAAAGUUACGCACCGCAAUGUAUUUUCGUAAUUUCUCUGCGCUCUUUCUAACGUUGCUCUUUUCGCAAAAUGUUGUCUCAUUCAAAAUCCUCGCUAUUGUCUCCGCACCACUACGAAGUCACUACAUGGCUUUCCAAAAUUUAUUCAAUGAACUUGCAUACCGGGGGCACACAGUGACAGUAAUCAAUAACUAUCCGAACGAAUGGCCUAUCACAAAUCUUCAGUUCGUGGAUAUAAGCAGUAACAACACCAACUACGCUGGGUACUUCACUCCUUUAGAAUUCUACGAGACCUUUGAUUCCACAUAUCUACAUUUAUAUAAUUUCUUCAGACAUUUCCAAAUAACUCCUGAUGCUUGUAGAGCAGAUUGCGAGAAUUUAUUUACGAAUGAAAAUGCGAGGACUCAUUUGGCAGAAGACGUUAAGUACGACGUGAUUUUUGCCGAACAAUUUAUUGGUGAUUGCGGACUGGCGUAUGUGGGAGCAUAUUUCGACGCUCCAAUCAUCGGCAUUACAUCUCACGUGUUACUACCGUUAAGUUACUCAAGGUUAGGAUUACCCUUUGACGUCAGUUCCGAGCCGUUUUACUUUUCAAAGAGCGGGCCUAAUCCGUCACUAUAUUACAAAGUCGAAGCUUUUGUUUUAAAUCAUUUCUACAACACUGUUGGGAGGUGGUAUAAUCAACGGGCAGUUUACGAAGUGUUUUAUCGAUUUCUUCCUGACUUUGCCUUGGAUAUUGAGAAGAUUGCUGAAGAGAGGAUAAAGAUGGUGUUCGCUUACCAGCAUUUUUCGUUAACUGGAUCUCGUAUUCAGUCGCCUCAUGUGCUGGAGAUCGGAGGGAUUCAUAUCGGCAAACCAAAACCCAUGCCAGAAAACGUGGAACAAUUUUUAGCAGAUGCAGAAUUUGGGGCAAUCUAUGUCAGUUUUGGUUCAAACUUGAAAGCCAAUUCAAUGUCAGCGGCGAAGAUGCAGCAAUUUCUAGACGCCUUCAAGAAGAUUCCUCAAAAAGUAAUUUGGAAAUAUGAGAACGCCACUUUUCAUGAAAAUCAAAGCGUUUUUGCUUACAAUUGGUUUCCGCAAUUAGAUAUUUUGUGUCAUCCCAAGGUGCUGGGUUUUGUAACGCAUGGCGGAAUGCUGAGUCUCUCUGAAACCACAUACUGCGGUAAACCAGUGCUUGUAAUCCCCUUUUUUGGCGAUCAGUUCAGCAACGCGGCUGCAGCCGAAGCAAUUGGACUGGGCAAAAUUAUAUAUUUUGACAAACUUAACAGUGACAACCUCGUGGAUGGAAUACGGGAAUUAACGACACAAAAAAUGCAACAAAACGCAAAGAAAAUUUCAGAACUUUGGCGCGAUAGGCCAAUGAAUGUAAUGGAUAGCGCCAUCUACUGGACUGAGUACGUAGCACGUCAUGGAUCUGGGCCACCACCUUUACCGUCACAACGAACUACGUGGUUCGAAAGAUCGCUCAUAGAUGUCAUUAUUAUUUUAAGUUGUUUAUUUUUGAUAAUUUUAUACGUUAUAUUCAAAAUUAUGAGGCUGAUUUCGUUUGUAUUAAAAUUAUUUAAAAAUUCA